AUGUUACCAAUAGUGGAUAGACCGUUACUCAAUGAAGCGGAAUUGGCAACAGGACAUGAACGACUCUUUGGACCCGAUAUUUAUGUGUUACAAGAUGAAAAGAAAUCUGAACUACUAAAAUCCACAUUUGAAGAACUUGUCAAAUCAUAUAUUACCACAAAAGACCAACUUGUUUCGACUCCAGAUACACUCACCAAAAUGUCCGAGUAUUAUGUCUCAAACACAGAAGUUUCAAUAACAAAAGAAGACCGAAUGAAAUCAUUACAGGAGCAAAUGGAGAUACACGAACGCAUCUAUGACAAGAUGGAUGAAGAAGAUAAACGUCGAGAAGAAAUCAAACAAAAGUGCCACCAGUUACAGUUACAACUCACCACUUUAAAAGAAAUUAUUAAUACCAUAAUAAAAUCCAAUAAAAACGAUGAUCUUACAUUUUACAAAACCUAUGAUGAUAAUAUUUACGAGAUGAUCGAUUUAGAAACAAAAUUGUGUGACGAAGAAAAAAGUCCUCUUCUUCUCAAAAUUGCAGACAUUGAACCGAAGCACUAA